UCUGUGCCGUUGGUGUCUCCGGGGCGCUCCGUGGAGAGAAGGGGGAUCAUCCGGGAUCAUCCAAGGCCAGGGACCGGCUUGGCCUUUGCUGCUCGCUUGCGACCAUGCCGAGCAAAAUUGAGGAAAUCAAGGACUUUCUGCUCACUCGGAGGAAGGAUACCAAGUCCGUCAAGAUCAAGAAAAAUAAGGACAACGUGAAGUUCAAGGUUCGCUGCAGCCGCUACCUGUACACGUUGGUCAUCACGGACAAGGAAAAGACAGAAAAACUGAAGCACUCACUGCCCCCAGGUCUUGCUUGCUGUGAAGAAGCUGAAGUGAGUGAAGCGGGCUUGUUGGAGGACCAGAUUAAAGAUGUGAAAACUCAAAAAAAAAAAAAAAAAACUGCCAGAGGGUCCAGAGGCUCCUCACAGCCACCUCCGGAAUGCUAUAGCAGGAAGGAAGCGUGCGCGCCGGGAACCGGGAACCGGGCCGGCCCGGGCGCAGCCACGGCCACCCGCGUCCGUUCCUCCCGCUUUGCGAUUCUGCAACAGCACGUUCCACUUUUCCCGGGCUAG